UGCGCGCUCGCGCGGAGCCGAGAGCGGAAGUGCCAGGCCGACCGACGGGGCCGGAGAGUGGGCGGCGGCGGCUGCGGUGACGGCUGCUCGGUGUUGUUGCGAUGGCGACGUUCGUGACGGUGCAGCUGAAGAAGGCGGCCGAGGUGGACGUGGCGCGGCCGCUGACCAAGUUCAUCCAGCAGACGUACCCGGCGGGCGGCGAGGAGGCGGCGCAGUUCGGCAAGGCCGCCGAGGAGCUGAGCCGCCUGCGCCGGGCCGCCCUCGGCCGCCCGCUCGACCGUCACGACGCGGCGCUGGACACGCUCCUGCGGUAUUAUGAUCAGAUCUGUUCCAUUGAGCCAAAAUUCCCAUUUUCUGAAAACCAGAUCUGCUUGACCUUUACCUGGAAGGAUGCUUUUGACAAAGGAUCGCUUUUUGGAGGGUCUGUGAAACUGGCUCUUGCAAGUUUAGGCUAUGAAAAGACAUGUGUGUUAUUCAACUGUGCAGCAUUAGCAAGCCAGAUCGCAGCAGACCAGAAUCUGGAUAACGAUGAAGGAUUGAAAGUUGCUGCUAAGCAUUAUCAGUUUGCUAGUGGUGCCUUCUUACACAUCAAGGAGACCGUUUUGUCUGCAUUGAAUCGAGAGCCUACUUCUGACAUAGCUCCAGACACCACAGGGACCUUGAGUGUCAUCAUGCUGGCUCAAGCCCAGGAAGUGUUCUUUCUCAAGGCCACAAGAGAUAAAAUGAAGGAUGCCAUCAUAGCCAAAUUGGCCAACCAGGCUGCCGAUUACUAUGGGGACGCGUUCAAGCAGUGUCAGUACAAGGACACCCUUCCCAAGGAGGUGUUCCCUGUCCUAGCCGCAAAGCACUACGUGAUGCAGGCCCAUGCAGAGUACCACCAGGCGGUGCUGGCCAAGCAGCAGAAGAGAUUUGGGGAGGAGAUCGCCAGGCUGCAGCAUGCUGCAGAAUUGGUUAAGACAGUGGCGUCUCGCUAUGAUGAGUAUAUCAGCGUGAAGGAUUUUUCUGACAAGAUCAGCCGUGCCCUUACAGCAGCCAAGAAGGACAAUGACUUCAUUUAUCAUGAUCGGGUUCCAGACCUCAAAGACCUGGAACCUGUUGGCAAAGCCACUCUUGUGAAACCUACACCUAUCCAUGUGCCUCUCAGUCAGAAAUUCACUGACCUGUUUGAGAAGAUGGUGCCGGUGGCCGUGCAGCAGUCUUUGGCCUACGCUAAUCAGAGGAAGGCAGAUCUGGUGAACAGGUUGAUCGCCCAGAUGAGAGAAUCCACCAACUUGGCCAAUGGGGUCUUGGCGUCCCUCAAUCUGCCUGCGGCAAUCGAAGACAUAUCUGGGGACACCGUUCCUCAGUCUAUUCUAGGGAAAUCUGCCUCUGUGAUUGAGCAGGGAGGGAUCCACACGGUUGACCAGUUGAUCCAAGAUCUGCCUGAACUGCUGCAGAGAAAUCGAGAAAUCCUCGAUGAGUCAUUGAGGUUGUUGAACGAAGAGGAAGCGACUGAUAAUGAGUUGAAAGCGAAAUUCAAGGAGCGUUGGCAAAGAACGCCAUCCAACGAGCUCUACAAGCCGCUGAGGGCAGAGGGAGCCAACUUUCAGGCAGUGCUGGACAAGGCUGUCCAGGCUGAUGGACAAGUCAGGGAGCGCUAUCAGUCUCGCCGGGACACCAUCGCCCUGCUGUGUAAGCCUGAACCUGAGCUGAAUGCGGCCAUCCCCUCUGCCAACCCGGCCAAGACAAUGCAGGGCAGCGAGGUGGUGAAUGUGCUGAAAUCCCUGCUGGCCAGCCUGGACGAAGUGAAGAAGGAGCGUGAACAUCUGGAAAAGGACCUCAAGUCCGUGACCUUUGACAUGAGAAGCAAGUUUCUGUGUGCGCUGGCGCAAGAUGGCGCAAUCAAUGAAGAAGCCCUCUCUGUCACAGAACUGGAUCGCAUCUAUGGGGGCCUCACGGGCAAAGUGCAGGAGUCCCUGAAGAAGCAGGAGGAACUUCUGAAGAGCAUCCAGGUCUCACACCAGGAAUUUUCCAAGAUGAAACAGUCCAACAACGAAGCCAACCUUCGAGAAGAGGUCCUGAAGAACCUGGCAGCGGCCUACGACAACUUCGUGGAGCUCGUGGCCAAUUUGAAAGAAGGCACAAAGUUUUAUAAUGAGCUGACGGAGAUCCUGGUGAAGUUUCAGAACAAAUGCAGUGACAUCGUGUUUGCCCGAAAGACGGAGCGGGAUGAGCUCCUCAAGGACUUGCAACAGAGCAUCGCCCGGGAGCCCAGUGCCCCGUCUCUCCCGGCCCCUGCCUAUCAGACCUCUCCUUCGGUCGGGGGAAACGCACCCCCUCCUACGCCAGCGCCCAGGACCAUGCUGCCUUCUAAGCCCCAGCCCCCAGCCCGGCCUCCGCCUCCGGUGAUCUCGGCCAGUCGCACUGCAUCUGCAUCUGCCGUAUCCUCGCCUCCUGCUCCAACUCCAUCCCCGACCCCUGGGGUCCCCGCGUCUGGCACAGCCCCCAGUUUGGCCCCAUCUCAGGCCCAGGGACCACCGUACCCCACUUAUCCAGGAUACCCAGGGUAUUGCCAGAUGCCAAUGCCGAUGGGCUAUAACCCUUACAUGUACGGCCAGUACACCCUGCCUUAUCCUGCUGUGUACCCGCAGAACCCCGGACAAGCGCCCUACCCUGGACCUCAGCAGCCUCACUACCCGUUCCCUCAGGCUCCCCAGCAGCCUCACUACCCCCAGCAGUAGUGCGUCUGAGAGGAAGCUCGGCUUAAGGAUGGAUUUUACUGGAAAACCCACAAAUGUACUUUGUGUUCGUUUGCUGUGAUGGUGCCACCUAAUCUCUUUUUGGUCAAGGGGCUGAAGUGCUCAAAUAUUGUUUCUAUUGACUGACUGGGAAGUGUGGGAAAAUGCCCUGUCAUUGUAAAUAGCCUUGGAUUGUGUGGGAUUGAGAAAUCCUCUUGAGGUUGGCCUGUGCCUGGGCAGAAAGGUCUUAAGUCUUAGCUUCUCUUCAUCUGGCAUCAGCAAAGUGGGGCGUGGCUCUUACUCCGGGAAGUGGGACUAAAUACCGGGACCCUGCCGAGUUGUUCCUUUGCUGGAACAUUCUCUUGGGCCAGGCCAAGUCUCAGGGAGUUAGAGAGUGAAUGACAGGUGGGAAAGGGACUGGAAGAGAGUUCAACCAUUCCUUUGGCUCUCCCCCUUCACCCCCAAGAAGGUCUCAGAAGGCUAAUGGGUACCUCAGUUUUCCUGAAAAGGAAGGGAAUUCUUUUUUUUUUUUUACAACAAUUUUUUUUUUUAAUGAGGCAAUUGGGGUUAAGUGACUUGCCCAGGGUCACACAGCUAGUAAGUGUCAAGUGUCUGAGGCCGGAUUUGAACUCAGGCACUCCUGAAUCCAGGGUCGGUGCUUUAUCCACUGUACCACCUAGCUGCCUCAGAAGGGGAUUCUUAAAAACCACCUGGCAAGAGGUGAUGGCCCAUCUCCCUCCAAGACCUCCCCUUGUGUUCAGGAGGGCCGGGUUGAGCUUAGGGCCUGCCCACAGUCUGGGGUGAGCAGCAUCUGCCCAAUUAAAGCCACCUGCUCUUCAGUGUGACGUUCCCUGAGCUCAUGGCAGUGGAGAGAAGGCUGUCUUAGCAAGAAUACUAGUGGCACCUACGAGGAAUUCCAUUAAUUAGGGACCCUUAUCAGCUGGAGACUCCCGAAUAAGGCUCCUCUGGCAGAGCGAAUCCAGUCAAGCCAUUGUUUGCCCUCCCCAGACUUGUUUGAUUAGGGAAGAAAAGGAAAGGGCCGAGGGCCUGGAGGCAGGUCCAGGGUUGAGUCCUGACUGGCCUUGCCAUUCUUCUGAGUGACUUUGACUAAGUCAUUGUGUGAAGUGAGGGCCUCCUGUGAUCUGUGAGAAGGAGGUCUUGGCAGAGACCCUGGAACACUGGCUGGCCUUUCCUUCUCCAGACAGUCAGGGUCUAAGGUCAGAUUUGAACUGGGAUUUUCCAGACUCCAGGCCCAGCUCUCUCACCACUGUACCUCUUAGUUAGCCCUUUCUCUUCUAGGAGGGGGGGCACCCUACAUUCUGUACUUCCCCAGUGUUUGGACAAGUCAUGGGUAAUUUCUAAGACUUCUGUUAGUUGCCUUUGUGCCUUAAGUGGUUUUGCCCAUUCUGCCAUUGUCUCUGGUGUUGGAUCACAGCUGCCAUCAGUUGAGAGGAAUCCCCAGGCAUGUUCUCCCCACUUCCCCCAAACCCCACUCCACCUUAUUAGACUCAUCAGUUCACUAAUCUCUGUUCUUGUAGCGAAAGGGGCAGAGUUUCUCCUUAUACUGUGUCUAGUGUGUCUUAAAAUAUUUUUUAAUGACUCUUCCAAGGUAAGAAUAUUUUAAGACCAAGCUCAUUAUUUGUGAUGUCUCGUUGGUAUUAAAAUACAGUUAAUGUAUUACAAGAUGCAAAUGAAGGGAAGCACAAUCCCAGACACUGUUGCUACCUAGGAAGGAACCUUUAGUUUGGGGUCAGAUAAAGCAGGGAGAGAUGAGGCUUACAUGUUGAUGAAUGGAAAAAGAAUUCUAUUUUUAAAGAAAAAGAAUGUUCAGGCUUUGUUGCUGCUUGAAAUUUAUAUUUUUAAAAAACAAUCCUUUCUUACCACAGCAGGGACCUCAGAUUCCUUUCUGAUUAUAAACAAUUGUUGGAUGUUGGAUUAUAUUUUUAUUGUGUAUCUUUCUUUUAGGGAGAUUAUAAAGAAAUAAAAAUGUUCUAAUGACUGUACCCUAAAAAUAAAAGA